AUGAAAGGGCCAAAAUGGGGUAAUACUUAUGAUCUACAAAUCUUACUUCAUUUUAAAAUCACAGGUAUUGCUAUAAAGAUGACAAGGGUUAAACAAUGCUUCUUCAAAUUACCUGGCAGAGGGAAAGUUAUGAUAUGCUGUGAUGGUGCUUCAAAAGGUAACCCUGGAAUUGCAGGUCUAUUUUUUGUGGAAAGGAAUGAACAUGAUAAAUACUUGGGAGCAGGCUCUGGUGGUUUGGGGAUAACAACAAAUUAUCUGGCAGAAGUUAUGGCAUUGAUAGUUGCUGGUGAAUGGGCUGUGCAGAAAAAAUAUGAAAAGGUAUGCUUCAGGCUUGAUUCAAAAGCAUUCUUACUAGCUUUCAGUUAUGAUAAAAUACCAUGGAUUGUUGAAAAUAGAUGGAAGAACAUUAGAAAACAUCUUUCAGAGAUAUCUUUCAUUCACUCUUAUAGAGAAAUAAAUUUUUCUGCUGAUAAAAUGGCCAACAAGGGAGUGCUUCUUGCAAGAGGAACAAUCAUAUACUAUGAAGAAAAACCAAGUUUCUUGAAUCAGCUGGAGGAGGAGGAUGGCAUAUACUUCAGAUUCAGUUUUUAA